AUGAACCAUCACAUGGCCCAGUUGCCCCACGGGCAGCCACCAAUGCCGCAGUCGCGCCGGCGACAGGACUUUCCCUUCAACCAUGGCCAUCCCAACAUGAACUCUCCGCCGUACAUGGGUUAUCCCCCACACAUGAAUGGCAUAAACGGUAUGAACGCCAUGGGCGGUAUGGGCGGCAUGAACGGCAUGGGCAUGAAUGGCAUGAACGGCCACAUGCCUCCUACAUAUUCUCAGCAGUUUCAGCCUUGGUACCCGCCUUAUGGCCAAAUGCAAUACCCUCCCCGACCCUAUCAACCACAACCACCUUACGGGCCCAUGAUUGUGUCCUCCUAUCCACCUUCACAGCCGAUUAUGGCGCCCAACCACAUGCCACCUCACUCGAUGCCGAUGCAGCCGCGGGCCGCGACACCCUUGCAGCCAGUAAUGUCUCCUUCGGUCCAUGCCAAUCCUCUUCCCGCCGAGCUCCAGGACCUCUCGGGCCCUAGCCCUCUUAAUAACAUCCCCGCCGCGCCUCCUUCUCCAAUCCACAAGGAACCCGAGGCCCCCCCUCCAUUUGUUCCACCGCUUCCUUGGCUUUCCGUCCCUGAGCAGCCAUUUCCGCCUCGGCGCCAGACCAAACGCCGACCCACUCGCCAGCUGUCGUCGGAUGUCGAGUUUCCGCUGAAGGAUGGCCAAUGGUUCAUUGGAGAAAAGCCCGCUGAGGAGAAGAAGGCAAAGCCUGAGGAUUCGACUGCUAAUAUCACUUCUGGAUCUCAAACCCCCACCAUCUCUGCCCCUCAGCCGGCUGCAGACCCGACUACGAACUCACCUUCGCCGAAACCAACGGCUUUUUCACCUACCAUCAACAAGGGUCAGACUGAACAAAAGAGCACAAAGCCUGCGAUUCCCGUGGUUCCGGUUGUCCCUAAUGUUCCAGGAACCCCUCGCCGCCAAGCGAACAAGGAUACUAGCACCUCCAGUGUCGGCUCUGAAACCCCCAAAUCGAGUGCUGCGGGCACAACAGACACCGAGCAAACCUCCUCCCCCUCUACCGAAACCUCGACCAAGGCAGCCUCACCUGCUCGUGCUCCCCCGAAAUCCUGGGCAGACCUGGUGCGCUCUAAAGCCGCCGCAGCCGCAGCCGCAGCUGCUGGUCGCCCUACCAGUGCCCCCGUCGCCGCCGAGUCCGGCGCACCCCUUGUUCAGAAGAGCGAGUCCCUUGGAGAUGUCUUGGGCAGCCUCGGUGAAGACGUCUCUCAAUACAGUGAUAAGAUCGGCUUCCUCGAGCCUCGAGGACUAGUCAACACUGGAAACAUGUGCUACAUGAACUCUGUCCUACAAAUCCUCGUCUCUUGUGUCCCAUUCUACCAAUUCCUCGAUUAUGUUGGUCGUCGCGCUGUCCACAGCUUCCAGAGCGAUGUGCCCCUGAUCGACUCACUGAUCAUGUUCAUGAGGGAGUUCCGGGUAAUUGACGCUGCGACUUCGGAGGACCAGCUGCGACUCCGCCUCAAGCCAACUGAGCUCGAGCAAUAUGGCGAGUCCUUUGUCCCCGAGUUUGUGUACGAGAUGAUUCGCCAGCUGCCGCGAUUCAGGGACAUGCGCCGAGGGCACCAGCAAGAUGCGCAGGAGUUCCUCGGCUUCCUGCUCGAGGAACUACACGAAGAAUGUGACCGUGCUGCGAAGCACACCUCGAAGAACGCAGCCUCUGAAGAAUCCACCGAUGGCUCCGCUGAUGGAUGGCUGGAAGUCGGUGCUAAACAGAAGUCGGCAGUGACCCAGUCAUCCGGCGCUGUCGCCACCGAGUCGCCCGUCACCAGAAUCUUCGGAGGCAAGUUGCGCUCUGAGUUCAAGGUACCAGGCAAUAAGACUUCUGUCACCAUGGAACCCUAUCAGCCUCUGCAGCUCGACAUCGGCGCACCCGAUGUUCAUAACAUUAUCGACGCACUUCGUGGCCUGACCAAGCCUGAGAGCAUUCAAGGCGACUUCAAUUCCUCCCGCGGUCCGAAUGUCACUGCAACCAAGCAGAUGUUCAUUGAGACCCUUCCACCCGUCCUCAUCCUUCACCUUAAACGCUUCCAGUAUGAUAGUCUUACAGGCGCUACGCAAAAGAUCUGGAAGAAGGUGGGAUAUCCCCUCGAUCUGGAGAUCCCCCGCGAGGUCUUCCCCGCACACCGCCGCAACGCCAUGAAUGCCCAAGGCGGUCUCCCUAAGUAUCGCCUUAUGGGAGUAAUCUAUCACCACGGAAAGAACGCCAGUGGUGGUCACUACACGGUUGAUGUCCGCCGCCAGGAUGGCCGCGAGUGGAUCCGCAUGGACGAUACGGUCCUCCGCCGCGUGCGCAGUGAAGACGUUGCCGAAGCCGGGGGUGAAGAAGACCCCAAGGUCCUUGCUGCUGCUCUUGAGCAGCACAACAAGCAAGACAAGAAUGCCCGCGCAAACAUCUUCGAGAACAUCGACCAGGAUGAGAUGGACUCGAUGGAUAGCGACAAGGGCUGGAGCCAGGUCAAUGGCCACGGCUCCACCAACGGACAUACCAAGAAGUCCGUCAACGGAGCGGCACCUUCGUCGGGUCCUUCGUCUGGGGUUCGCACUCCCCUGGGACGAUAUGGCUCCCGCGACAACAAGGUCGCAUACCUCCUUUUCUACCAGCGCAUGGCAUGA